AGCGUUUGUCAUGAUUUAAAUAAUUUGUUCAUUAGAAAAACAUGGCUUUUGAAGGCAGGCCAACAAUAGAGCCCCAAGAGCUGUUUCAAUGCAUUAAUUUCGCAUGGCAUGUAGAUUUGUACACUAAGUAUCUAUUGACUGCACAAACCUAACAAGUAGACUUUGUAUAAACAAAUGAUUCACUCGUAAUACAAAUCGGUCAAAAGACGACCAUGUGGUGUUUGACGGAUGGGUCACAACGCAGUACCGUGGGUGAGUAUCACCGUUUCAGCGCAUGCAAGGUAAGAUGAGGAACCACCUUAGGCUACAGCGCAAAGGACCAGGCAUCAUUUCCAACCAAGAUGCUGGAAUCAUCAAAGCCUUCAGAAAUAUCCCAGGUGUGUUAAAUGGAUUUACUUUGUUUUUUAUCAGAUCAUUACCUUUUGUGUUUCUGUCUGAAAAUAGAUUUAAAUGCAUGUGAAAAUACACAAAAGAAGAAACAAGAGGAUGUGCCCUCAGACUUUGAGUUUUCAACAUUGCCUUUGUCUUAUGCAGGCAUCACUUUGCAGAACGUGAAUAAACUGAACCUUCUGAGGCUUGCCCCUGGUGGUCACAUUGGACACUUUUUGAUAUGGACUGAGUGCUUUCCACAGGCAGGACGAGCUCUACGGCACCAUGCGCAAACUUGCCUCCCUGAAAGUUGCCUUAAACUUGCCAAUGCACAAGAUGGCCAACACAGACCUGAGCAGGAUUCUCAAAAGUGAGGAGAUCCAGAAAGAACUUCAUGCACCAAACUUGCCAAUGCACAAGAUGGCCAACACAGACCUGAGCAGGAUUCUCCAGAGUGAGGAGAUCCAGAAAGCACUUCAUGCACCAAACUUGCCAAUGCACAAGAUGGCCAACACAGACCUGAGCAGGAUUCUCAAGAGUGAGGAGAUCCAGAAAGCACUUAAUGCACCAAACUUGCCAAUGCACAAGAUGACCAACACAGACCUGAGCAGGAUUCUCAAGAGUGAGAUCCACAAAGUAAGCACUUCUCAGUUAUUUCUGUAUUUUAAAUGGUCAGUCAACCAUGAUGAUGUUCCACUUCAGUAAGAAGAUCAAUCUCAGUGUACUGAAGAAGAAUCCUCUGAAGAACUUGAGGAUAAUGCUCCAACUUACGCUAAGAGAGCAAGACGUCAUGCCGUCCUCAAGCACAACCCUGCGUUAAGUGAAGCUUGUCGAGAUGUUUUGUAUUUUUCUUUUUUUUUUUUUUUAAAUGAAAAUCCAAUUGUCAGUUGUGGCUUUAAAAAAAAAAAGUGUUCUUUGUAGAUCAAGGCCUAGAUGCUGAAACCCAAGAAGAAGCCUGGAAAGAUGGGAGCACCCAAAAAACCGUGGCAGACUGGAUGUUCAAUAAAAAAUAAAACAAUGCUUUCCAAUUCA